UUUAAAAAAUGGAAAUUGCCAAAUAACAACAAAUAUGUUUUAAUUCAUUAAUCAUUUUACAUUUAGGAUUUACAAAAUCGUUAUGUAUUUUUUAAAACGCAAUAAUAACUUUCAUUCAAUAUGUUCUUUUAUUCGAUUAUACAGUAAAAAUAGGAAGUCCCAUUACGAAGUCCUUAAUUUAAAGAAGAACUGUACAGAUAAAGAAAUAAAAGAUGCAUUCAUACAAAUGAGCAAAGAGUAUCACCCAGAUAAAAACAAAGAUGUUAAGGCGCAAGACAAGUUUGUACAAAUUGUAGACGCAUACAAUACCCUGAGCAAGCCGAGCAGCAGAGCACAUUACGACCAUGUGAUGAAUGUUGGGGCACAGAGUGCUUCGUAUGUUUAUAAAACACAUAAUCCUUAUACAUAUACUUAUGGGAAGAAUCCAUUUCAUGAUCCACCAAAGCAGUCCAAGAAUACAAAUACGGACUACUACGGAGUGAAAGGUCUCAAGAAACUGCCAAAUAUUGCAAUAAUACUACUUUGUUUUAGUGUGGCUCUAGUUGGGACAUUAUUUCAAGUUUUUAUUAUAAGACAAUCCUAUGUCAUUCAUCGUAGAAGGACACAGGAAAGGUCUAUGAUGUUGGCUGAAGAGUUGGACAGAGUUCGCUCCAAUGCUCAAGGGAAGACUAAUGAAAUGCAAACAAAAGCAUUAUUAGAGAAAAUAGUGAAUGCAGCAAAUCCGACAGUCGCUACUGCGUCUUUAGGACACGCGCUUGCCAACGAGAAAAAAUAAAAAAGUCAUAAGAAAUAAAUAGAAGCAGGUGGUGGUAUAACUAAAGGGACUUCUCGGAAGGGAAGUCUCGACAGAGCAAUACUCACAAAUAAUAAUAAUUUAUUUCUCAUUAUGGAUUUAUGCUGGCUGCUCUGACGAAUGUCAUUUGACAUGACACAAAAAAAAUAUUUUUGUGACACCAUUAUUAUAAAAGAUGUAGAGUGACAUAUACGAUAAAUCACAAUUAGGGUGAUUUACCACUAGAGAUGUGCUAAGCUGUGUUACAGCACACAUAGUACAUCUCCGGUGAUAAAGAACCUUAUGAGAUAGAAUAUCACUUUUAUUUGCUAAUGUUUUAAAGAAAAUGACAUAAAUUUUCAGUAACAAUUACUGAAAAUUGUAAAAAUAUAUUUCUAUAUGUACAAACUUAAGUGAUUGCCUUUUGUGAUUAUAUUAUACAGAUGUAUAAUUUAACAAAUCCACGAAAAUGAUUUGAGAACAAUUUAUUUUUAAAUUUGAUAUUGCAAUUUAUUUAUUAAUUAGAUUAACGAUAAAUUAUGAGUUAUUCAAAUUAGAAAUAAAUAUGUUUACUUGAUUUUAUAGUAUACUCAAUUUAUUAAAAAAUGUGCAUUAAAUAAUAAAAAAUGCAGUGACUAGGAGUAAAUAAAUUUUUAGAACAAAUUUAACACAAAAUUGUAGAAAAAAAUACAUAAAGAUUUUGUGGUUUAACUACCUCAAUUUAUUUUUGUAAAUAUUUUAUGAGCUGUGUAAAUAAAAUAGUUAAAUUU